AUGGUUUGGGUUGGGAUCUCUCUCGGUGGUCAAACUGACCCGCAUGUGUCUCAUGGAGGAACUUUGACCGGUGAAAGAUAUCGAGACGAAAUCUUUGAUCAAUAUGUCCUCCCAUAUGCCGCUGCUAUUGGAAGCCACAUAAGUACUCUAUAUCCAUUGGUACAGGGUCUCUGUGGUGCUCCUGAUGCGCCCCAUGCCGCCAACGUGUUGCUAUUAAAUGCAGAGGGCAGCGGUGUGGGGAAAUUUAAAGAGCCCCCUGUGACUGAAGCAGUCUCAGUGAAGUGGGAUGAAGUGACAAAGCAGUCUUUGGAUGAAGCUGUCGUGUUGGCUUUUAAUUUCCAUCUGACUGACUCGAAGGUUGCCCAGUGGCAUUCUGUUCUGUGGAAACGCAGGCUGUAUGUCCAGGUGCCUGACAGUGGCAUGUCUGAUGGAUCUAAAGAUUCAUUCUUGACACUUUUGGAAUUUGCUGAAGAUGAAUUGCAGUGUUCCCAUGUUAUCGUGUGUUUCAGCAAAAGCAGACCAGAUAGAGUUGCACUGGUUCGAACAUUUAUGUUCCUUGGAUUUUCAAUGUUGGCUCCAGGACAUAAACUUGCUCCCAGCAAUGCAAGUGAAGAUACUUUGUGUAUGAUCUACAUCAUUGAAGAAUGACUUGUCACUUUAUUGCCAUCUCAAGGGAAUGUUGGAAGUCAACUAUUUACUACACUUGAACUGACUCCUCAUUAAGGGGCUCUUGAAUUUUCCCAUACUUAAAUUUCCAAAGUACUUUGGCUUUUAACUUUUCUCCCUUUUUAAUUUUUCCUCUGCAAGUUGGCGGCCCAUGUUUUGAGCAUACUUGAAGUUUUAACAUUGUAGCUUGAUACCUCUGAAAUAUUUUAAAUCUUGUAACCAAGUCUGAAGAGAUUGUUUUCAAUUUUUUUUUUUACUUUUGGGACCAAUAUGCUUUUUCCCUUUUCUCUCCUUUUAUAUAAGCCCCUGUUCUUUGGAAGAAUUGCAUUCUGUAUUUGUAGUUAAACAUGUUUUCCUUAGUUUUUUACGUAGAUAUUGUAGUAUUGUUCAUUCCAAGAAUUUUAAGUGUUGUCUUAAGCUUAACUUAGUUGUGGAUUGUGGUAGUUGGGUGUAAUUUUUUAACUGUUAAGUGUACUUUGAUUUUCCUGUAAUAAAAAAUUCUUUGAAAUGCGA